AGACAGGGCCUCUAGUGGUGGGAGCUUCAUUGCAGCUGGAUUGCCCUGGCUUUACCCCACCCCUGAGCGCAAUUCAGCGAGCGGGAGUGGGCGGCAGAGCCCCUAGGGGUCGCUGGUGCGGAAGCAGCAGGCUCCCGGCGCGGCUGGGGAAGGAGGGAGCGAGCGAGCCAGCGCAGAGCUGCAGAAGGUGGCUGGCGAGGAGCGGGCUCGGGGGCGCAGACAACUUCGCUGCGAGUUGGAGCCGGCAGCCCGCGGUGCCUGGGCUGUAACCGGACACCGGGGAGAGAGCGGCGGCGGGGCGGAGGAGGAGAGAAGAGCUCGUAAGGGGGUAGGAGGAUGGUGGCCGCCGCCGCCUCCUCCGCCUAGCCGGACUCCGCGGCGGCGCCCGGGACUCGCGCUCCGAGCCGGGCUCGGGGCAGCCGGCCAUGGGGAGGGGGCAGCUCGCCUGAGCUCCCGCUAACUUUCCCCCCAGGCGGGCGGAGCGGGGCAGGCGGAUGGAGGAUGCGCUGUCCCCGGCGGGCUGUGUGAGCAGGGGGCGGCGGCGGGGACGAUGAAGAAGCAGCAGCAGCAGCACAGCAGCAGGGGCUGCCAGGAGCCCCGGCCCCAUGUGGCCCCUUCAGCUGGAGGGGGGCCUGGGCAGGGGGGUGCCUGGAGGAGGCGGCGGCCCCUCUCGCUGCUGCCUUUCCUCUCGCUCCGCGACUACGGCUUCUGCAUGGCCGCCCUGCUGCUCUUCUGCCUGGGCUCCCUCUUCUACCAGCUCAACGGGGGACCCCCGCACUUUCUGCUGGACCUGAGGCACUAUCUAGGAAAUUCCACUUACUUGGAUGACCAUGGACCACCCCCACGCAAGAUACUUCCUUUCCCUAGCCAAGUGGUGUACAACAGAGUUGGAAAGUGUGGGAGUCGAACUGUGGUUUUGCUUUUGAGAAUCUUGUCAGAGAGGCAUGGGUUCAACCUGGUUACAUCAGACAUUCAUAACAAAACCAGACUGACCAAAAAUGAACAGAUGGAAUUGAUUAAAAACAUAAGCACUGCUGAGCAGCCCUAUUUAUUCACCAGACACGUUCAUUUCCUCAACUUUUCAAGGUUUGGAGGAGAACAGCCAGUGUACAUCAAUAUUAUUAGGGAUCCUGUCAACCGAUUUUUAUCCAACUAUUUUUUCCGUCGAUUUGGAGACUGGAGAGGGGAGCAGAAUCAUAUGAUCCGCACCCCAAGUAUGAGGCAAGAAGAAAGAUAUCUAGAUAUUAAUGUAUGUAUUCUUGAAAACUACCCUGAAUGUUCCAAUCCCAGGUUAUUUUACAUCAUACCGUAUUUCUGUGGACAGCAUCCAAAAUGCAGGGAGCCUGGAGAAUGGGCCCUCGAAAGAGCAAAACUGAACGUGAAUGAAAAUUUCCUGCUUGUGGGGAUUCUGGAAGAGCUAGAGGAUGUGCUGCUUUUACUGGAAAGAUUCUUACCUCAUUAUUUCAAAGAUGUGCUCAGCAUCUACAAAAACCCAGAACAUAGGAAACUUGGAAAUCUGACUGUGACCGUGAAAAAGACCGUCCCUUCUCCAGAAGCUAUACAGAUCCUCUACCAGCGCAUGAGAUAUGAAUAUGAGUUCUACUACUAUGUCAAAGAGCAGUUCCACCUGCUAAAGCGCAAAUUCGGACUUAAGUCUCAUAGCAGCGAACCACCUCCCAAGCCAGAAUUCUUUAUUCCUUCUCCCUUGGAAACUGAAGAACCGAUAGAUGAUGAGGAGCAAGAUGAUGAAAAGUGGUUAGAAGAUAUCUAUAAAAGGAUCCUUUAUAUGACAGAUUUUAAGAUGGAACCAUCUGUCAUCUCAUCACAAAAUAACUUUUGCACAGUAAAAUGCUGCUUUACACAUGCACCCAUUUGGAAAACAACAUAUAUUAGACAUCAUUUACCAAGUAACUUUCAUUAAGGAAGUUUUAAUACCAUGCCCGUUACUGUGGCAUUGAACAUCUGACACCAUUUAUAAGCUAGUAGGGUUACCGCUGGAGUGUAGUAACAACAUCUGAAUAGCAAGCAAAUAUAAAGGGUUAUAUGAUCCAGAGCCAUUGUUACAACACGUAAGGUUCAAACUGUAUUGGACUCAAAACAGAGUAGAAAGUCUCCCCUGGGGGGCUCCCAGUGAGAGGAGUACAAUCUACACUUCAAGCAGAUUAUAUCAGGUGAAAUAAAACAGGUUAAAGAACCCAGUUAACUAGAAGGGUUCACAGAGUCAAAAUGGAAAAAAUUAUCAGUGAAGUUGAAUGAUAGAGAUGAACAGGUAGAUGGAAGGCCAAAGGGACAGUAUUGCGUGGUCUUGGGAUUUUGCUUCUGCAGUUGAGAAUGUUGCUCUUAGGCCCUGGAGGAAGAGGUGUGGUGCAUAGUUUUUAUUUUAAAGAAAAAAAUUAUACUAUUGUCAUUCCUACCAUGAGACACAGACCCAAAAUUAUACGUAGAAGUUAUUCAUGCAAGAAACUCUUUCCGUUAGUACGAACAACAUUUCUAUAACCUCAGUUCUGAGAGUCUUCAUAUCUCAUCCAAAUAAUUAACAGAAUUAGGGUGAAAUACAGGUGAGGACACCAAAUUUGGGUGGCAGUGAAGUAAACGUGAUUUUAAAAUGAGGGAUGUUUUUUGUAAUAAGAGACAUUGACAGGUAUGACUGACAUCUUACAUACUGCAUAAUGAUAAAAUAAAACAACAACAAAAAAUCAAUGUAGCAUAAAAAACCCACAUUCAAUGGUAUAUUGGUAUGAAUGACACUGAAAGUUUAAGUAUUGUUAUCAGGAAACACUAAAAGGUGGAGUGAAUGGGACUGGGUGAUGAAAUGGGGACAGUUCCAUUUAAGGUAUCCCCAGGAUUUCUGGUACAGUUUUAUGACAUUUAGGUCUAGAAUUUAACUUGGACAACAUGCCCAUACCAGCCAGUAAGUAUCUAGUUUGCACUUCUAAACAGACUACUCCAGUCUUGGGUCCAUGCACAUAGGAAUAAGCAGAGCUACUUACUUGUUUGCUCCCUCCCUGGAGCCAAGUGAGUGAGGGAUGGGUGGAGUCUUGGCUUUGCAUGCACACUCGCUCAUCAGUAUGGCGUGAGCAGGAGUAAACUACUAACGCAUAGACCAAGGAAGAAGUGCAGGAGGAAUUGUGACUCCAAGGGGUGUCUCUACAUCACAAUGCCUCCCUACAUCACUUCUGCGGUGGUACAAUAUGUGCACCACACCUUGCCCGGGGCUGUGCCUAUAUUCACAAUUUAAUACUUGCUAGAUUUCUUCUAGGCCAGUGGUUUUCAACCUUUUUCCAUUUGAGGACCCCUAAAAAAUUUCAAAUGGAGGUGCAAACCCCUUUGGAAAUCUUAGACAUAGUCUGCAAACUUCCAGGGGUCUGCAGACCACAGGUUGAAAAUUGCUGUUCUAGGCAAUUUUGGCUGGUCUCUUUGGGUAAUUGCUUCAGGGGAGUUUCACUGUCGAUGUAUAGUCUGCAAAAUGGACCUUCAUUUGGAAGUAAAAAGCAAAAGUUAUUUUGUGAUUGAGGUACGUGUACAGGCCCAAGCUAUGAAGUGCUUUCCAGAGGCUUCCUCUUCCAUGAGCCUACAGGGAGCCAAAAUAUAUGGUGGACCAUCUUGAUCAUCUAACUGGUCUUCAUUAUACUCAUCCGCAGAGAACAGAAGUAAAGAAGCAUAACUGUGUUAAGACAUGAUAAUUUGAAGAAAAUAUUACAGGGGGGAAUUUUAUUCUCACUCCUUACAUCCCAGUUGUGUGGUACCAAUGCACUACUGUGAAGGAAGGCAUUAAAGAAAGCUGCAAGUGUCAUAGAUAACAAUUAACAUAGUCACUAAAAUAUGAAUCUACUGCAUUGUAUAUUUUAAGUGGUUUCUAUGAAAUUACAUUGAAAGAGUAAUGAUUAGUUUACACACUGUGGAAUUGUUAUAUUUUGGAAAGACAAUUAAUAUUCUCAUCUUUUUAAAAACAAAUUCUGUCUGAGUCCUUUCACAAGUGUCAUAGCAGAAUAAUCAGUCACUUAACUCAUUCACCCUUCCUGCAAAUUCACUUCUGCUUACUGUAGACAUUUCAGUCUAUUUUUAUCUUAAUUUAAUGAUAUCUUCAACCCUGAUUACUUUAUAACCUAAACACACAAACUGAUACGUGAUUUAUUCUCUGGGUUUUAAUGUUGUAUUUUUCCUAACAAUUGACCUAGCCUCUUCUCCCUGAAUGGUAACUUCAUGAAUGUGUUUGGUACAUAAACGUCUACAAUUCCUGGCCCAACAGUCCCUUUGUCUGUCAUGAAAUGUUUUAUAUUUUACUUUAAUGUUUAAAAAGUACAUUUUAAGCUGGUUAA